AUGGCGGGCAGAGCCUGCGCGGGCAUCUCCCUGGAGCCGGGAUGGGGAUGGGGACAUGAGCCCGCGUCCCUCGACGCGGUGUGCGCUGGGCCGGACGCGCCGUUAUCUCCCGGUAGCGGUCCCGGGUCACGGUCCGGGUGGGUGGGGGAUAACAGGCUGAAGGCUGCAGUUCACUACACGGUUGGCUGCCUGUGCCAGGAGGUUGCAGAAGACAAAGACGUGCAAUUCAGCAAACAAACCAUUGCAGCUAUCUCGGAGAUCACCUUCAGGCAGUGCGAUAACUUUGCAAAAGACCUCGAAAUGUUUGCAAGGCAUGCAAAACGAAGCACAGUCACUACAGAAGAUGUGAAGCUUUUGGCUAGAAGGAGCAAUUCUUUGCUAAAGUAUAUCACCCAGAAGAGUGAAGAGAUCACAUCAAAUAACAUGGAGCAAAAGGAGAAGAAGAAAAAGAAGUCCAGUGCAGCUAAGGGAGGGAGAGCUGCUGGGGAACAAGAAGCAGCUGUGACUGAAAGUGAAGAUUCCAACAUGACAUGAUUUACCUUUCAAGUAAUGUCUCUGGUCAUUUUCUCUUACUAUCCUUGAGGACCCAAAGUCAGCCUAUUAGAGAUUCCUCUCGCAGGUUAGCAACAGUAAUGAAUCUUUAGGGGUUUUGGUGAACAUAACUAGUAGGAUUUUUUUGUUCCAAAAGUGAACAGUCUGUCAGAAUUCAGUAAA